AUGGUGAAUAAGUUUAUAUGUCUCUGUCUUCUAAUCUCACCCCUUUUAGUUUUAUCACAAGAUGAAGGCACAUCUGGCUCAAUUUUCGACACUGCUUCAGUUGGGGAUAUUGUUUCCUAUGACGCAUCAGAUGAAACAACUACCACAUCUGAUGACUCCGAAGGACAAAUUCUUGAAUCCAGCUCAACUGACAGCUCUGAUAGUGCUGAUGAAGUUACAGAAGUGGCAGUUAAAGAUGAAGACGCAGAAAGUGCUUUAAUUCCAGAAGGAGACUCAGAAGCAGUCGAAAACAGUGAAGACGAAAGUCAAGAGCAAUCUGAAAAUAAUAGCACAGAUACAGAAACUGAAACAGAAGAAUCUGAAAGCGAGGAUGCAGAAUCAGAAGAGACUGAAGAGGCUGAAGAUUCUGGCAUGUCUUUACAAGAUUUGUUGGCUGAUUCUAUGGUAAAAGUAGAAAAAUACAGAAUUGAUGAGCACAUCUUGGUUGAGACACUAUACGAUGAAAUGAAAGCUCUAGAUGAGUAUAAUGCUAUUAUUUUAGGCAAAGUAACAGAAGGCGUUCAAAAAGUUUCUCAAGAUAUUGAAGAUGAAUUAACUGAAGAUGAAGAUGAUGAGGAUGAAGACAGCGAUCUCGUCACCUCAAUAACCGCUGUUGCUGUACUUGGACUGGGAUUUUUAUUUUUAUUUGUCCAGACAAUCAGAAUAGCAUCCAAGAAUUUAAUAGAAGAGGAGCUCAGUAAUGCUCUUUAUGCCCUCUUAGCCGAUACAACAAUUUUGGUAUUUAUUUGAUGCGUUACUGCCCUUGUUAUAUAUAUUGACUUGUUUGACGAAGAUCGCCUUGACUUGGACAUGAUUUUGGCUGGGUUCGCGAUUUUUAUUUGCUUCUGGUUUGUGCAAGGAUUUUGGCUAAUUCUGAUAUCUGAGGCUUUUACGAAGAGAUGACAAUACCACGAAAAUUCGAUAAUCAAUGAUAAAGAACUUUCGAUUGACACAAAAAAAUAUGCAGUAAUGAGAAGUCUGUUUAUUAGUCCUGCAUAUCUGCCACAGGCUACAGAGUCAUAUAUGAGGUCUGAUUUCAAUUUUUCUGAAUACUUAACAAGAGCUAUGAGUGAUACCCUUUCUAAAGCAUUUCAAGUGUCAUGAAUAGGGUAUGGGAUUAUUGUCAUAGCUAUUAUAAGUUGGAGAAUAAUCAUUUAUAACGACCAAGCUGCAGAAAUUGUAUGCCUUUGGAUUAUCCCUGGGGUUAUUUUUAUUAUCAACUUAUUAUUGAUAAUUAAGUUGAAUAACGUUGAAAAUCAGUUAAUUCCUAGCUCCCCCCUCCGUGAGUGAACAAAACCAUUAGAAAAAUCGCUAUUUUUUGCCCAAAACCCGCCCUGCAUGGGUGAACAAAAAAAUUUUUUAAUAGAAAAAAUUUUUUAUGAAAAAAAAAAUUGAUAUAUAAGUGAUAAUUAGUAUAAUGAAAUCUCGAGCUAAUUCUGUUUAAUUUUUUCACAAAUUGUGUUUUAAAGCAUAAAUUUUAUAAAUUAAAUCAAUAUUUGCCUCCCAAUUUUUGCGAAUUAGGAUUUUUUUAGAAUUUCGAAAAAAAAAAUUUUAUAUAAAAUUUAUAUGACUAUAAAUUUUUUUAAAAUAAAAUUAACCCCCCUCCAUAAGUGAACAAAAUUUUUUUGUUCACUCACGGAGGGGAAGAGUAAGGAUUUUGACAUUGAAGUUGUUAUUCCUUAUGCACAGCACAUUAAUCCGAGAUUUACAGUAAAAAAUAUUCCAAAGCCUGAAUACUUGAAAGGAGAAAUCCCAUCUGAAAACCCUGAAGAGCUUAAAAGAGGGCUAUGGUUCAAUCCAUUUAAAUUGACAUGUGCUUAUAUAUUUGUGGGGAGGUUUCCAAAUAGACAUGAAAUUUUGUUUUGGUUCGACAGCUAUGGGCCGAGAUUUCUUAUCAGUCUCUUGCAAGGUCUUAUGGUGAUUCUUACUUUAUGAAUUGCAGUCAUUAUCCUUUACUAUAUUCCUGUACUAGAAGAUGAGUAUAGUGGCUGGGCUGUUGGGCUUGUAAUUUUAGCCUGCUUUAUUUGGGUUUUCCUUGCUUUUUAUUUAUUGCCUUUAGCUUUUCGGCUUGUUUCUAUUACUACAAAAAUUGAGCUUAUGAAGGACAGAGAAAUCAUUCAGCAAGUCUCAGGAAAGACCAGCAAAAAACGUGCAGUGGGGACUGUAAAAAUAUACCGACAGUUCAAAAUGAUUUAUAGAGAAUGGAAACGAUUAACAACUGGCGAAGAAAAAUCCCAAAUGCUCCAUCAAAUGAAAAAAAUUGUAGAAGAGUCGUUUUUACUAGUAGCAUCUAUGACAAAUAAAAAAAUUCACGUAACUCAGCUUGAUGACGUGCUAGGGCUAAUAGGAAUCAGACUGAAAGAAGAUGAGCUAAGGCUGUUCGCUAAAGAGUGCGACCCUGAUGGUGAUAAUUUUAUUAGUUUAAACGGAUUCAAAAGUGGGAUUGAAAGAAUUUUAGUUGGCUUUGAACUAAAGCCGCACGAAGUAACUAGAUAUAUAUUAAGGCAGCAUCUAAAAACAAAAGGCAAAGACAAAGGAUCGAUGACGAUUGAAGAACUCAAUGAUUUCUUUAAAAAAUGGGAAUGGCAUUUCACAGAUACCGAUAUCAGAGAGUUUUUAAUAGAGGCCCAAUUUUUAGCCGACAAUGGUGGAAAAAUAAAAAUUUCAGAAAUUGCAAAUAUGGUCAGAGUGGACGUAGAGUCAUUUUCCAAAUAA